AUGGUCGGGAAGUUUCGGGCCUGGCUCUCCUCAAAUUCGAAAUGCAGCUGCCGAAGGUCAGUGGUGACGGCACGCAUCAACGGACCAGGAGCUCAAGGCCCGGCGAACACCGCCUGGGCCUCCGGCAGCACAGCGGUCCAGUCCAAAGCAUUUGUCGAAGCUCUGGGACACGAGGUCGCUACAAGGACUCCGGAGCUUUCUGCACAGAACCUUAGCAAUGCCGCCUGGGACUGCACCAAGACAGCGAAGAGCUUCGAGGCUUUCUACGACCUGAAGCUGCAGCUAAACACCGGCACCAUCAUUCGAGACUACCUCGUCCUUUGCCAUGAAAACCUAUCGUCAGCCAUGGCCCUGGCGUCUGCGCCAACACCGGCGCUAACGUUGACGCUGGCACCAGCGGGGGGCAGACGCGUGCAGCGAGGCUGGUCUCGGUCGACCCGCACCGUCCGGGCCACCGAAGGACAAGAGGCCCCUGCAGAGCAAGGCCUCAGCGUUGCAGUUGUCGGUGCGGGACCUGUUGGGCUGCUUACGGCCCUGGCGUUGGCCCGGCGCGGCUUCCGCAAGGUUCGGGUGCUUGAUCGCUUGCCGGAGCCGCCGAGCCCUGAUGCUGCGGUCUGGGGGGAUCCAGAUCGCUCCUACAACCUGGGGAUUGGAGGCCGCGGGCAGCGGGCUUUGGCCAAAUUCGGUGCCCUGGAGCGCGUCGAUCGAUGGAGCCAGACCGUAGUCGGCCGCAAGGAUUGGUCAGGCGAGGGCGAGCCCAAAGUUACGAUCAACAAGCGGCGGUUCCUCACGAAAGUCAUCGCACGGGACCGCCUCUCAAGCUGCUUGUACGAGGAGCUGCGCGAGAUGUGGCCAGAUGUUGAGGUCCAAUUCUCCAAAGAGUGCACCGCCGUGGACUUCUCCACUCCUCGGCCGCGGCUCUCGCUUAGGACCUGUGGAGCCCGGGAGGCCGAGGAAACCU